GGUCCACGGUCUAUGGUGUAGAGUAACAGGAAGGGCCCCGGUAGAGGAGGAGCACCGAGCCCUACCGCACUCACUUCUCUUUAACUCGUUUCCAUAAUCUGGUCUUUUUUUUAAACACUCUAAACUCGGUAAGGUUUAGUAAAAAUGUACCGGUAUUUUGGUGUGCUCGUUACUAGAGGACUGUUGACCCCGGGAUGCUCCUCCACAACGGUCGAAACUCUCCCCGCCGCGGCGGCGUCUGUGCUGCGGCACCGCUGCUACAGUCAGUCCGUGGACCCGGACGACGACCCGAACUUCUUCAAAAUGGUAGAGGGCUUCUUUGACCGAGGCGCCGCUAUAGUAGAGGACAAGCUCCUGGAUGAUCUGAAGACACGGGAGAGCCCGGAACUGAAAAAGAAGAGGGUCCGCGGGAUUUUAAAGAUUAUCAAGCCGUGCAACCACGUCCUGAGCCUCAGCUUUCCAUUAAAGAGAGACAACGGGGAGUGGGAGGUGAUAGAGGCUUAUCGAGCACAACACAGUCAGCACCGGACUCCCUGCAAAGGAGGUAUACGCUACAGCACAGACGUCUCUGUGGAUGAGGUGAAAGCUCUGGCUUCUUUAAUGACUUACAAAUGUGCAGUGGUUGAUGUGCCUUUUGGUGGUGCCAAAGCUGGUGUCAAGAUUAACCCAAAGAAUUAUUCUGAUGUUGAACUGGAAAAAAUUACAAGGAGACUUACCAUUGAGCUGGCAAAAAAGGGGUUUAUUGGACCUGGGAUUGAUGUCCCAGCCCCUGACAUGAGCACCGGAGAGCGGGAAAUGUCCUGGAUCGCUGACACCUUUGCCACUACCAUGGCCCACUCUGAUAUCAACGCUCAUGCCUGUGUCACGGGGAAGCCCAUCAGUCAGGGGGGAAUCCACGGGCGCAUCUCUGCCACCGGCCGAGGAGUUUUCCACGGCAUUGAGAACUUCAUCAAUGAAGCGUCCUACAUGAGCCAGCUGGGCAUGAGCCCGGGCUUCCAGGACAAGACCUUUGUCAUCCAGGGCUUUGGUAAUGUGGGUCUCCACUCCAUGAGGUAUCUUCACCGCUUUGGGGCCAAGUGUGUGGGAGUGGGAGAAAUCGACGGGAGUAUUUGGAAUGCCAAAGGCAUUGACCCUAAAGAGCUGGAGGACUACAAAUUAACUAAUGGUACAAUAGUGGGUUUUCCCAACUCCACUCCAUAUGAAGGGAGCAUCCUGGAGGCAGACUGUGAUAUUCUGAUUCCAGCAGCAGGAGAGAAGCAGUUGACCAAGAGCAACGCACAUAAGAUCAAGGCCAAGAUCAUUGCAGAAGGAGCCAAUGGACCCACCACUCCUGAGGCAGACCGCAUAUUUCUGGAGAGGAACGUUCUUGUCAUCCCUGACAUGUACCUGAAUGCCGGUGGUGUCACUGUCUCGUACUUUGAGUGGCUGAAGAACCUCAAUCAUGUUAGUUAUGGUCGUCUCACUUUUAAAUAUGAAAGGGACUCCAACUACCACCUGCUGAUGUCUGUACAGGAGAGUUUGGAACGUAAGUUUGGAAAACAUGGAGGAUCUAUCCCUGUGGUCCCCACAUCAGAAUUCCAGGCUCGGAUUGCUGGAGCAUCUGAGAAGGACAUUGUUCAUUCAGGACUGGCUUACACCAUGGAGCGCUCUGCUCGGCAAAUCAUGCGUACGGCCAACAAGCACAACCUGGGCUUGGACCUGAGGACAGCCGCCUACGUCAACGCCAUAGAGAAAGUGUUCAAGGUUUACAAUGAGGCUGGCCUGACAUUCACAUAAACGUCAAACCAUGUCUGCUGGGCUCAUGGCAAUAUUUCAAAAUUUUGUUUUGACAAGGAGCAACUUACUUAUUUGUUACAGGAACAAUGGCACAUAGAAGCCUAUGACUCUUAGCUUUAAUAUUUUAACUGCACAUGUCUUAAGCCCAUCCUGCCUGCUUUCUGUAGAGGGGUGUGACGAUAUCUGAUGUCAAACUUGCCUUAUACUGUCAUGUAUCAUUACAUAUUUACAUUUUAUUAUUGUUAAUAGGGAAAAUAGAGGAUCUACAAAGGGAUGCCUCAAUGGAGUAGAGCUAGAGUGCACUGAUUACUAUAACGGUUUUCUGCACACUUUAUUAGCUAAAUGCUAUUUCAAAUUAGAUAUGCCUAUGCUGAUUGUUACAUUACAAAAUAACUAAGAACUGAAUGCAACGUGCCUUAGAGUGGAAUGACAGGGCCAAUAUAGCUUUACCUUACAAGUACUGCUUUUGACCAUCUAUGUAAAUAUAACUGCAAGUAACCCUUUAUCCAUACACCUCAAUGUAACAUGUCAGAUGGCCAACAGGGUCAGUGUUUACAACUUCUAAGAAAGGCCCAUUCCUUUUGUUUUUGUUCAGUUUUGAUGCAGUCAGUUUGUUUGUGACAUUGUACUUCUAUGCAACAAGAGAGUUACUUUAUAUUUUCUUUUUCAGGACUACCAUUAGACCUUUUAGUGAACUUUAAUGCUGUCUAUGGAGUUUUUCUUUCUGUUACAAAAAUAAAAAAUUAUGGUUUAA